UUCCAGGUUGAUGUCCACAGAUACGACGGUUACCGACGAAACAGACAAUUUCCCGCUUGCAGAUGAUGAAUCUCAAGGGAAUUCAAUUGAUACAGGAGGUCGGACCCCUCGUCCAGCACAACCAUUACCGAGAGAAGAAUCUGAUGAUCAAGAAGAAAAAGCACGGCUAAUAUCCCAUGUUCUCGAACUUCAGAAUACUCUGGAUGAUUUGAGUCAGCGCGUUGACAGUGUCAAGGAGGAAAGUCUAAAAUUACAAUCCGAAAAUCAGGUGCUUGGGCAGUAUAUUCAAAAUCUAAUGGCAUCAAGUACUGUUUUUCAUCCUGCACAACCAAAGGCACCGCAAACCAAAAGCGAAAUGUUUGGAGCAUUCUUUUGGUAAGAAGUAACAAUUCUUUCACGGAUGACAUCCAGUCAAAGAGAAGCAGCUGAGAUGCAUUGUUAGUUGUAUUCAGGAAUUGUUAACUUUAACGUGAUAGUGAUUGUUCGUUUUCUUGUACUGCUUAGUGCAAUCAAAGAUUAUUUUUUCACUUUUAUUCACUGAUUUUCUCCAGUGCAUUAUUUAUUAUUUUGCAACCUUGUUGUUCGUUUCUCUUGAUGUGGAUACAGUAAUUGAAUUGUUGCUAUCACCAAGGACGUUGCGAUCAGUUAGCAGCUUAAAUGUUUGGAAAUCAAUGACUGUUUGGAUUCCGUGCUUCCUCACUGUUCAGUGUAUUAUAAGAAAGGCAAAAUUAUGCAAAUAUGAAUAGCGAAACAAACUCUAC